AUGAGUACUUCGGUCGAAUCAGUCCCGCCCACUACGAAUGGCCAUGCUUCUAAUGGCAACAACUCUGAACCUUCAAAGAACACCCCUGAUAUCGCUGAAGUUGGUUGGCUAUUUGUUCAACAAUACUAUACUUUUUUGAGUGAGCAACCUCAUCGUCUUCAUCUCUUUUAUACUCUUGACUCUACCUUGACUCACGGUAUUGAAGGAGAAAUUGAUGAGCCACUCCAUGGACAACCUCAAAUAGCCCAAAAAAUUAAGGGCCAUGGUUUUGAAGAUUGUAAAGUUCUUCUUUCCAGUGUUGACUGUCAACCGUCUGCCAAUGGUGGUGCUGUUAUUCAAGUUCUUGGUGAAAUGGCUAAUAAAGGAGGAAAAGACGUUUCACAAAAGUUUGUUCAAACAUUCUUUUUGGCGCCACAGACCCGUGGAUAUUUUGUCCUUAACGAUAUUUUCCGCUUUUUGAAAGAGGAUGUGACUAAUGAAGAUGCUGAGGUUAACGUUGAGACAACUGAGGAAUCUAGUUUGUUUUCUCAAAGUCUAGGAAAAGAAGAGAGCUCAGCUGAAAUUCCUGCUGUACCAGCUACCGAUCUUGAAACUGAGCAGAAGCCUCAAGCUCAAGAGGUUACCCCUGCUUCGGCCGCUGAGUUAAAUGACACCUCUGUUACUUCGUCAGCUGAAGCUUCGGUUCCUGCUGUUGCGGAGGAGAAGGCGACUGAGCAAGAGCAAUCGAUUGACUCUGCUAAAGAAGUUUCUGUGGAUGUUCCUGCCAACGUUUCCACGUCCGAGGUUACUUCAUCUCCUGCUGCAAGUCCUCCUUCCCCUGCUGUCCCCUCAGCUCCUUUGUCUUGGGCUGCUUUGGCUGCUAAAAACAAGAAAGAGGCCGCAGCUGCAGCAGCAGCAGCUGCCGCUGCUGCUGCCGCUGUGUCAAACUCCGUUCCAGCUGAAAUAAGUUCGGAAAUCCCCUCUAAUGGAGCAGUCACUUCUGGAACUGCCACCCACAGUGCUACACCUGCUGCUCCUGCAUCUACGAGUGCUAGUUCUGCCCCUAGCUCUUCGGCUGUGUCUAGCGGCAAAAGCAAAACUUUCAAGCAAAAGGCGCCACUUGAAUACCACUCUGCUUAUAUUAAGCACGUCUCCCAUAGAAUCGAUGACAACCUUCUGAGAAAAGCACUUGAGAAGAUUGGUCAGAUGACUCAUUUCCAAGUUGAAAAGUCUAAGAACUGUGCUUUUGUUGAUUUCAUUGAUGCUGCCACUUUGAAGGCUGCUUUAGCAGUGCAUGAAUUACAAGUUGGUGACCAGGUUGUCCUCAUUGAGGAGAGAAAGCGUGGUGGUGCCAAGAAGAAUGCUUCUCAACGCAAGAACAGUGGCAACGCUAACUACAACAAUGAUUUCAAGAAGCCAUUUCAAAAAGUUUGA